AUGCUCGCCUCCCGUGUGUUCGCUCGUGGCUUCGCAAGCUCUGCUUUCCAGCGUGGUGCCAAGGUCGCCGUUCUCGGUGCCGCUGGUGGUAUCGGCCAGCCCCUCUCCCUGCUGUUGAAGCUCAACCCCAAUGUUGACCGUCUGGCCCUGUACGAUAUCGUCAACACCCCCGGUGUCGCCGCCGACAUCUCCCACAUCAACACAAAGUCUCACGUCACCGGCCACGUCGGCCAGGAGCAGCUCGGUGAGGCGUUGAAGGAUGCUCAGGUCAUCGUCAUCCCCGCCGGUGUGCCCCGUAAGCCCGGAAUGACCCGUGACGAUCUCUUCAACACCAAUGCUGGUAUCGUCAAGACCCUUGCCGAGGCCGCCGCUAAGCACGCCCCCAAGGCCCACCUUCUGAUCAUUGCCAACCCCGUGAACUCCACCGUCCCCAUCGUCGCCGAGGUCUUCAAGAAGCACGGCGUCUUUGACCCCAAGCGCCUGUUUGGUGUCACCACCUUGGACGUUGUCCGUGCCUCCACCUUCGUCGGACAAACAAAGAAGACGGAGCCCGAGAACAUCAACGUCCACGUCAUUGGCGGUCACUCUGGAGUCACCAUCAUGCCCCUUCUGUCCCAAACCGGCAUCAAGUUCUCGCAAGAGGAGAUUGACGCCCUCACCAACCGCAUUCAGUUCGGUGGUGACGAGGUUGUCAAGGCCAAGAACGGAACUGGAUCCGCCACCCUUUCCAUGGCCCAAGCCGGUGCCCGCUUCACCGACUCCCUCCUCCGCGCUCUCAGCGGCGAGAAGGGCAUCGUCGAGCCCACCUAUGUCAAGAGCCACGUCGCCGAAAAGGACGGCGUCGAGUACUUUGCCACCAAGGUUGAGCUCGGCACCGAGGGUGUCAAGAAGAUCCACGACAUUGGGCCCAUCAACGACUACGAGAAGAAGCUCUACCAGGCCGCUAUCCCGGAGCUCAAGAAGAACAUUGCUAAGGGUGUCGAGUUUGUCAAGAAGAACUAA